CAAGAAAACCAAAUGGAUCCUGUAAAGUUCUCCUGUUCCAUCUGUUUGGAUCUCCUGAAGGAUCCGGUGACCAUUCCCUGUGGACACAGCUACUGUCUGAGAUGUAUCAAAGAACACUGGGAUGGAGAGGAUCAGAGGAGACUCUGUAGCUGCCCUCAGUGCAGGAAGGACUUCAUACCGAGGCCUGUCCUGGUGAGGAACAUCACGUUAGCAGAGCUGGUGGAGGAGCUGAAGAAGACUGGACUCCAAGGAGCUUCGGCUGGACCUGAGCUGGUGGAGCCCUCCAAGAAGCUCCAGGAGAACAUCUGCCCUCUUCAUGAUGAGGUGAUGAAGAUCUUCUGUCGUACUGAUCAGAAGUUAAUCUGUUAUCUCUGCUUGAUGGAUGAACAUCAAGGACAUGAAACCGUCUCAGCUGCAGCAGAAAGAGCUGAGAAGCAGAAGGAGCUCGAGGCGAGUCGACAACAAAUCCAGCAGAGAAUCCAGGACCAAGAGAAAGAUGUGAAGCUGCUCCAGGAGGAGGUGGAGGCCAUCAAUGUCUCUGCUGAUCAAACAGUGGAGGACAGUGAGAAGAUCUUCACUCAGCUGAUCCGUCUCGUCCAGAAGAGAAGCUCUGAAGUGAAGCAGCAGAUCAGAUCCCAGCAGGAAACUGAAGUGAGUCGAGUCUUGGAGCUUCAGGAGAAGCUGGAGCAGGAGAUCACUGAGCUGAAGAGGAAAGUUGCCGAGCUGGAGCAGCUCUCACACACAGAGGACCACAACCAGUUUCUCCACAACUACCAGUCGGUGUCAGCACUGGGUGAGUCUCCACACUCAUCCAGCAUCAAGGUUCAUCCUCGGAGAUACUUUGAGGACGUCACAGCAGCUGUGGAGGAGCUCAGAGACAAACUCCAGGAUGUCCUGAGGGACACGUGGACAAACAUCUCACUGGCAAUCACUGAUGUGGACGUUUUGCUGCCUGAACCAGAACCAAAGAGCAGAGAUGAGUUCCUGAAAUAUUCUAGAGGAAUCACUCUGGAUCCAAACUCAGCGCACAGACGUCUGGUUUUAUCUGAGGAGAACAGAAGAGCAACAUCAGUGGAAGAACUUCUGUCUCAUCCUGAUCAUCCAGACAGGUUCACUGAAUGGUGGCAGGUUCUGAGCAGAGAGAGUCUGACUGGGCGGUGUUACUGGGAGGUGGAGUGGAGCGGGGAAGGGAUUUUUGUAGCAGUCGCUUACAAGGACAUGAGAAGACCAGGAGGUUCAUGUGAAUGUGGAUUUGGAUCUAAUGACACAUCCUGGGCCUUACAUUGUGGAACUCACAGUUAUGGACUUUGGAACAACUCCAUCCACACUCCAGUCUCUGGUCCUGGCUCCUCCAGGGUCGGGGUGUACCUGGACCACAGGGCCGGUGUUCUGUCCUUCUACAGCGUCUCUGGAACCAUGACUCUCCUCCACAGAGUCCAGACCACGUUCACUCAGCCGCUCCACGCCGGAGUCCGGGUUUUUAAUGGAUCUUGUGCCGAGUUCGUUAAACUGGAAUGA